GUGAUAAUGUGUGCAAAAAGCGUGAAAGAGGAUUACGAGGAGGAACUUUGUUGAACAAAAGAGGAGAACGAGCGACAACGUCAACUUCUGGACGCUCUUUUCAAGACGCCUCAAGUCUUGUUACACGGAGCAGGUCCUGAGAAGUUGUAAUUCCCAGGAACUUGAAGGUCUCGACGGUUGACACAGCGCAGUUGGCCAGCUUGAGGGGCAGCUGUGGAAAAGAAUGCCUCCUGAAGUCCAGGAUCAUCUCUUAACCAUUAAAGUAAACCGGCGACGACGACGACGACGAUGAUGAUGGUGAUGAUGGAGGAAGAGCAGGCGCAGGCGCUCAGCACGUGUCGACGGGUGGGCGGAGCGAUCGUCAUCCUUUGGCCGCCUGGAGGACGCAGAGAGGAUGCAGCUCGGAGCCGGCCUGACCAGUCGCUACCGGUCCUUGCGGAGGGCGAUGUUGUAACAUUGCGGAUGCGGGGAAACAACCAUUAGACGGCGUCGCUGACACCGAACCAGGGUCGUGCGUGAUGCCGAGUGGUCCACAUCGGAGCCUCUAGCCCGGGAAGAGCUCUUCGCUCCUCUCGCGUCGCCUCGCUGUGCUGCGUGUGCGGUCCACGGGGCGCCGAAUGAUCUCUGCGCGCGACACGCUGACGUUCCCUCUGCGGCCGCGCGGAGCCUGAGGCCGCAUGCAGAGAUGCAGGUGAAAAAUCAGAUGUGCAGCGAGCGCAUCGGCGGGGGCGACGACGAGCCAGAGCAGGACGACCUCAGCCAGAAGAAGACCUCGUGUUUUUCCAACAUCAAGAUCUUCCUGGUGUCGGAAUGCGCCCUCAUGCUGGCGCAGGGUACCGUGGGCGCCUAUCUGGUGAGUGUCCUGACCACGUUGGAGAGGCGCUUCAACCUGCAAAGCGCCGACGUGGGCGUCAUUGCCAGCAGCUUUGAAGUCGGAAACCUGGCUCUCAUCCUUUUCGUUAGUUACUUUGGCGCCAAAGCCCACCGGCCGCGGCUGAUCGGCUGCGGCGGCAUCGUCAUGGCACUGGGGGCGCUUCUGUCCGCCCUGCCCGAGUUCCUCACCCACCAGUAUGAGUAUGACGCCGGCGACUCAUGGCACGCAGAAGAUGGUCGGGACGUGUGCUCCAACAGCUCCCGCUCGGACAACAACGACUCGGCGUAUAAGUGCGGAGACCGGGCCAACACCAACAUGAUGUACCUGCUGCUAAUUGGCGCCCAGGUGCUGCUGGGCAUCGGCGCCACCCCCGUCCAGCCUCUGGGGGUUUCCUACAUCGAUGACCACGUCCACAGGAAGGACUCCUCUCUGUAUAUAGGUAUUUUAUUUUCCACUUUAGUGUUUGGGCCCGCUUGUGGCUUCAUCUUAGGUUCCGUCUGUACCAAAGUCUACGUUGAUGCCGUUUUCAUCGACACCAGUAAGCUGGACAUCACCCCAGAAGACCCUCGCUGGAUCGGGGCCUGGUGGGGGGGCUUCCUCCUGUGCGGUGCCUUACUCUUCCUGGCAGCCCUCUUCAUGUUCGGCUUCCCUCAGUCCCUGGACGAGCAGGGCCUGGACGGAGGGGGGGAGAGCGAGCAGGCCAUGCUGCCGUCUCCGCUCAGCCUGGACUACCAAGCCAAAGCCAAGGGGGGCAUCCACGGCUUCGACUUGAACAGCGGACUCUCCGUAUGCCAGCAUCUCAGAGUGAUUCCACAGGUGACCCGGCACCUUCUGUCCAACCCGGUGUUCAGCUGCAUCACGCUGGCGGCCUGUAUGGAGAUCGCCGUGGUCGCCGGUUUUGCCGCCUUCCUAGGCAAAUACCUGGAGCAACAGUUCAACCUCACCACCUCUUCGGCCAAUCAGCUGCUAGGGAUGACGGCCAUCCCUUGCGCCUGCCUGGGCAUCUUCCUGGGUGGGCUGCUGGUGAAGAAGCUGAACCUUUCGGCCCUGGGUGCCGUGCGUAUGGCCAUGGCUGUCAACCUGGUGUCCACGGCCUGCUACGUCUCCUUCCUCUUCCUGGGCUGUGACACUGGCCCUGUCGCCGGGGUAACGGUCGCCUACGGCAACGAGACGCUGCGUCACUGGCAGAGACCCGAGUCUCCUUGCAUCAGCAGCUGCAACUGCUACACGGCCUCGGUGAGCCCCGUGUGCGGCUCCAACGCCGUCACCUACCUCUCCGCCUGCUUCGCCGGCUGCACCAAACCGAACCUGACAGGUUGCACGUGCAUAUCGAGCAGCGUUGAGGAGGCGGUGGCUCUUCCAGGCAAGUGUCCGAGUCCAGGCUGCCAGCAGGCCUUCCUCACCUUCCUGUGCGUCAUCUGCCUGUGCAGCAUGAUCGGAGCCAUGGCCCAGACGCCCUCCGUUAUCAUCCUCAUCAGGACGGUGAGUCCAGACCUCAAGUCCUACGCCCUGGGGGUCCUCUUUCUGCUCCUCAGGCUCAUCGGCUUCAUCCCGCCACCCCUGAUCUUCGGCAUGGGCAUCGACUCGACGUGCCUAUUCUGGAGCUCGGUGUGCGGCGAGAAGGGCGCCUGCAUGCUGUAUGACAACGUGGCCUACCGCCACCUGUACGUCAGCAUCGCCAUUGUGCUCAAGUCGUCAGCCUUCCUGCUCUACGCCACCACGUGGCAAUGCUUGAGGCGCAACUACAGGAAGUACAUCAAGAGCAGUGAGGGCUACCUGACGCCCACUGAGCUCUUCUCCUCCAACGUGACUCUGGAGCGUCUGGGCAAGGAGGGGACGCUGUCGGACGCCGCCAGCCGGACCAAGUUCGUGUUCAACCUAGAGGACCAGGAAGCGUGCGACAACAUGGAGUCUGUCUUGUAGUCGUGACGUUGGCGCACCGGUUCUCCUCAUUAAGAGCCUCAUCUUCCUCUUCACUGCACACAAAGGUUGCACUAAAAUCAUUUUCAUUUUUUACUAAAGGAUGGACAUACUUGAAAUUAAUUCUGUCUUAUUUUUCAAAUUUAACAGCAUAUAUGUCAUAGGAUAAUAAUGCUGCUGUCCAAUGAAAAGCAUGGAGCCCCACAUUUUUAGCUACUAAAACAGACAAAAAAAUAUUUUGUUUCAUCCAAAAUAAAACAACAAUUUGCUUUUUUGGGCCGAAAAAAACCUUUUUUAUGUUUUAUAUAUUUUUGGUUUUGUUUAACUGAGAGAGACAAAAUUUUGGCUGGAAAACAACACUUUAAAAAAAUGCCAGGUCUUUUUUUUACAUUUUUUGUUUUGACUGGAAAAAAAAAAUCACUCAAUUUGGAGAUUCGUUUUUUUUUUUUUUUUUUUUUUUUUUUUUUUUUUUAUUCGGCAUGAACCAUAUUAAUAUUUAUAUAAACAUUAGACAUUGGUAUAAAAACAGACAUAAUUAUUUACAUAAGAGGCUAUUAUAUAUUGCGUAUUGAUGUGAAAAUGUUUUAAUUAGGCAAUUUUAUAUUAUUAAUUAUUAUAGUAAUUCAACUCUAUUAACUACUGAUGACAUUGAUUAGAUUAGUCUAAUUAAUUAAUCAUUUGUAGCCACUCAACUAGCAAUUAGGUGGCAAGUUGUGACACAUGAGUAUGGCAUUUGCACAUUUUGUUUAAGCGCAAAUGGAUUUUAUUAUUGGAUCAUGAUUUAUUCAUGAGCUCGGUGAAAUAAAAGAAAAUUUAAUUUUGCACCAGUGAGAAGGUCAUCGCAGCUGCAGUGGAACCUCUAAAGUCCAACUACAGAUUUCUUGUAGUAAAUAAUGAAAGUAGAAUGUUUCUUCUUGUGUCAAACAGCAGAGCUGAUUAUAGUAUUAGUAGGAUGCAAUUGUCAACUAGUGCACAGUUGAACAUUGAACAUUUUAACAUUCAUUAAGUGUAUAAAAGAAGGGUACCACAGUUAAUAGUAUAAAGUAGUGGUAACUUUUAUGACAAAGUUGAGGCUGGAGUCUUAAUGCUUUGAAUAUGUCAUCACUUCCUGUGUAUAUUCUUCUUCUCUUGUUUAGGUGGUCUGUGUGGCAUAAAAAGCCUCAAAAAGGCCAAAACACCUGCAGUGUUUAUCAUUUAAUGCUCGUUGAACUAAACUGCAGUUUUGUGUGUGUGUAGCGUAAGAGUGGGAAACCCGUGAUAUGAUUUUAAAGUUGGUUUAAAAAAAUUAAAAAAAAAGUACAAAAUCAGAGCCAAUAUUUUAACAACUAAAGCUACGAAUGAAAUCAUCCAAUGCAAUUCUGAAAGCUACAGAAAGAUCAAAGGCAAACGUCAACUGGAACUGUAAAAAUGACUAAACCAUCCAAACUAAAACUCUUAAAACAACUAAUGUUAAAACAACUACAUUAAUAAAAUGCAAUUGAAAAACUAUCACUUUAAAGGAAAAUUUUAAAGCAGGGAAACUAAAACAACUAACAUCAAUGAAAACAUAAAAAAAAAAAACUCUAAAUGAGAUUCUAAAAACAAUAACUGAAAAUGAAAACAAAAAAGACAUCAAUAACAACUGCAAAUGCAGUUGUAAAAACGACUACCUAAAUCAAAAGAAAUUGCAAGAAAUAAUCAAAUGUAAUGAUCAAAAUGACCUUUCAAAGUUUUCCAAACAACAAAGGACAACUACAACAUCCAAUGCAAUCUUUAAAAACAACUAAAAUAUCAAAUUGGACUUUAGAGGUUCUACUGUGUUCCACAACACCUUAAAUGUAGAGUGUUGUUCUUAGUGUAGCAAUCAGUAGAGCUUCUGUAUCAGAAACCAACAGAACAUCAUCCUCAUGGACCUCAUCUUCCUUAAUAAAAAUAAAACCCGGGACGUACCAUAUCUGCCGUCCUCCCUCUCCCCGCUGCGUGUGUGUGUACAUACAAAGUGCCAAAGUGACACAUCAUCAUGGACAAACACCACAAACCUCCUCCAGCUUGUAUGUAGCCUCUCUGCGACCAAUCGCGCACAUAAGCAACUUAUUCGGUGUCUGUGCUCUAGAGGAAAGUAGGAUGUCCUCACUGUUGCUAGGUAGGACUUUCAUCAAGUGGACCUGGUCUUUUCCUUUUGCAUCCACGCCACCUAAAGCAUGGCGGACGAAUGAGAGCAACAGACUUUUGCGUGCCUGGAACUUCCUCUAUGACUGUCUUGUUGUUGCCAUGGUAAUGCCCGCAAGACGCUACUUUUCUUUUGCCACUUAACAUGUUUUUGCCUUGUGAUGCUAAUAAGUAACCUUUAGAACAGCAAUGCCUUUUUUUUAAAUUGUGUGAAUGAUGAAGAUUUCUUUCGAUGUAUUAUUAUUAUUAUUCCCAGCAGUUUUUCGACACUCGACAAAUUCCACAUUUUUUUAAACCAUUUACAAAAUUCAUUAUGUCUUGAGAAUCAUUUCUCCACAUUCCCCAAAUUCCUACUCUCUCCCCAAUUCCACUUCAAAAUAAAUCCCCUGGAAAUGAUUGAGACAUUUCACAACUUUAACUCAUCCUUCCACAUUUCUCCAUUGAUUCAAACCAUUCUAACGUCAAACAUUUCAGCUCAUUCAGGACAUCCUAGGAAGUAUUUUUCAAAUUCCUCAAAUGUUUUAGUAUUCCUUAUUUUCCAUGACAAAAUUCUCAAAUUAAUGGAUUGGAUUUUUAAUCCUCUAUCAUUCAUUUAACUAAGCUUUGUUUCGGUCACAUUACAAUUUUCCACAUUUCACUUCAUUGCACAGCAUUUCAGUUCUGCAUCAGCUCCUUCCACAGAAAUCGCAUUCUCUAGUUAUGAUGAUGAAAUGGUCCUUUAUUUUUAUGAACGUGCAUUGUAGAGACCUGGCAACAGGUAAGCUUUUUUUUUUUAGCAAAAUGUGCACAGAGUUUACUUUGGGAACGACGUCUUCUAAAUUACUAGCACGGUUUGUUAGAGGCAAGGAGUUUUUCUGCGUACGGCUGCAUGUUGCCUUCAGCUAAGAGAAACCGUAAGUGGCGGUUUUUAUUGGAGUGAUUGGCUGAUUGUGUGCAGGGGAUCUUUUAAGCAGAGGAAAAAAAGGGCAUUUAAGUAGAAAAAUAUCAAUUAUUUUUUAUUAUUUAUUUAGAUUUUUUUAUUUCAACUACAUGAAUUUGUAUUUUUAAAAAAAAAAGCUUUAUGUCCUGUAUAUUCUUGGGAAAGGAUUAUGAUGAUUGUAUGUUCAUUGUAUAUAAAUUAAAUAUACUAUUUUUGCUUUGAAUAUUACACCA